AUGGACUAUGAUGUGUAUGUAUCUGUGUGUGUGUGCGUUUGUGUGUGCUUGUGUGUGAGUCUCCAGCUGAACCACGCAGAGUCCAGGCUGACCCAGCUGGAGGGCUGCCGCUGUGACAGGACGUGCAGUGCCAACGGUGUGGACUACAGAGACAAAGAGCUGUGGGUGGACCCAGAGAACUGCAGGAACUGCGUCUGCAUGAAUGGAGUGGUGGAGUGUCACAGGAUAUUCUGUCCCCCUACCAACUGCUCAGAGGACUCUCUUCCCGUGUAUGUGGUGGGCACCUGCUGCAAGAAAUGCAGACCAAAAUGCACCUACAUGGCCCAAACUUUGUCAGAGGGCCAGCGUCUGCUAAUGAAAAGGUGCACAGAAUGCAAGAAUGGGCUGAUGGUGAGAGUGACAGAGAACUGUCCGGAGCUCAACUGCACCCUCAAGGAACAGAUCCUACCUGACAACAGGUGCUGCAAUGUCUGCAAAGGCUACGACUUCUGUGCAGAGGGACUCAUUUGUGGGGAAAAUUCAGAGUGUAAAAACCGGAAUACCAGAGCCGAGUGUGAGUGCAAGAGCGGCUUUGCCUCCAUCCAUGGGGACUCAACAUACUGUGAAGAUAUUGAUGAGUGUGCUGUUCAAAGGCACUACUGCCAGGCUAACACAGCAUGUGUGAAUGUCCCCGGCAGCCAUCGCUGUGACUGUCUACCUGCCUUCAUCAGAGUGGAUGACUACUCCUGCACAGAACAUGACGAGUGUGCAAGUUGGCAGAGCUCCUGUGACGACAAUGCCAUCUGCACCAACAACAUCAGAGGCCACCUGUGCACCUGUAAGCCUGGCUAUGUAGGGAACGGCUCAAUCUGCACAGCAUUCUGCGAGGAGGGGUGUAGGAGCGGAGGUACCUGUGUGUCGCCCAACACCUGCAUCUGCCCCUCAGGCUUUACGGGACAUCACUGUGAGACAGACAUUGACGAGUGUGCGGAGGGCCUGAUCCAGUGCCACAAUCACUCCCGCUGUGUCAACGUGCCGGGCUGGUACCACUGUGAGUGCAGGAACGGUUUCCAUGACAAUGGCUCCUACCUGAUCCACGGGAGCUCCUGCAUCGAUGUUGAUGAGUGUGCCACACAGACACACACCUGCUGGAACGACAGUGUGUGUGUGAACCUUCCGGGUGGGUUUGACUGUAUGUGCACAUCUGGAUCGGCUUGCAGUGGAGACUGUCUUCACGAGGAGGGCCUCAAGCACAACGGACAGGAGUGGAACCUCAGCCUGGACCGCUGCUCCCUCUGCUCCUGCAAGGACGGGCGCACCUUCUGCAGGAGGAGAGAGUGUGACUGUGUGGACCCUGAGUCAGACCUGUUCUGCUGUCCUGAGUGUGACUCCAGAAAGUCCAGCCAAUGUCUGCACCAGAGUGGACACACAUUGUACAACAGCAGAGACUCCUGGAUCUAUAGCUGCCAGCAGUGUCGCUGCCUGGAGGGAGAGGUGGACUGCUGGCCCCUGGCGUGUCCAGUGUUGGCGUGCAAGUACUCUGCCUUGGCGGAAGGCGAAUGUUGCCCGCACUGCGUCACUGACCCCUGUCUGGCAGACAAUAUUGCCUACGACAUCAUGCAGACCUGCCAGGACCCCGCUGGGAUCACCCGCCUCGGCAGUGCCACGUGGCCCAUGCCAGGGUCACCCUGCACCACAUGCAAAUGCAAGAAUGGAAGAGUGUGCUGCUCGGUGGAGCUGGAUUGUCUUCAGAACAACUAAACACUCCUCUUUCGGUAGCCGUACUCUUCUCCUCCUCUCCAAUAGCUCCUUUCUUCAGAUUCUAGACUGGCCACACUGUUUGAAGACGCUAUCUUUGGACCUUUUACCACAUAUGCUCACAAACACGCACAUAUGUACGCACACACUCUGCCUGGGUUAGGGCAGUGGCUAGAGCUGUGUGUCCAUACUGGUUCUUCAAGCAACACUAUAUCACUGACAAAUUGAGAGAUGGAGUGUCUGUCUGCUACACAACUACAGGAGGAGACCAACCCACAUGUAACCUUUCCCUCACUCACCCCCUACUUGCACACUUAUCAGUGUGUUCUGUAUGUUUGUGUGCCUGCGUGUGGGUAUACCAGGGGUUCCCAAACUUUUUUGGCUCACAACCCCAUGUUGAUUAAAAAAAAAUUGCAACUCCACAAUGUAAGAAAGUUAUGUAAUCAAGGGACAGUGUUUUUUUAAUUGUCGCUAUGACAGUCUAUUAGAAAUCAGCCUGACAGUACUUUUGAAAGUAUUUCAAUGUGAAGGAAGUAUGGUUUGAAGUGACUGAAAUGCAUCUGAUAUGUGUUGGGAAGUUCAGAAGAUCAUCAGGCAAUAAUUUUGUAUGAUCUUCUGUGUAGAAAACAUUCAUGUUAAUGUUAUUUUUUUCCAAUCUGUCCAAUCUGUUCUAAUGAGUCCUGUGUGACAUGGCAUUGUGGAGGGAAACAGAAGACCCAUGAGUGGUCCUGAGAAUCGUAUGUUUGAUGGGGUCAUAGCAUAGAAGAAAACAUAAACUUCUCUGUUUAUUACAACUGCAUCUAGCGGCUACCAGCGCAAUUCCCCCCCCCCCACCAGAGACUUUCUCAAAUAAAAUUAUAUUGGUUGCAUACAAAUAUUUUGCAGAUGUUAUCGCAGGUGCAGUGAAAUGCUUUCUUGCUCCAACAGUGCAGUAAUACAUGAUAACACAGACAAAUCUCCCAAUAUUAAAAUGAAGAAAUUAAGAAAUAUCAGAAUGUGCAAUGUCAGAGUCUGGAAAAUAAACGUUUUUUUGUUAUGUUAUUUAACCUUUAUUUAAUUAGGCAAGUCAGUUAAGACCAAAUUCUUAUUUACAAUGAUGGCCUACCAAAAGGCAAAAGCAUGCGUGGACAGGGGAUGGGACUAAACAUUUAAAUUAAAUAAAAAUAUAGGACAAAACACACAUCACAACAAGAGAGACACCACAACACUACAUAAAGAGAGACCUAAGACAACAACAUAGCAUGGCAGCAACACAUGAUAAUACAGCAUGGUAGCAACAUGACAUGACAACAACAUGGUAGCAGCACAAAACCUGGUACAAACAUUAUUGGGCACAGACAACAGCACAAAGGGCAAGAAGGUAGAGACAACAACACAUCAUGAGAAGCAGCCACAACUGUCAGUAAGAGUGUCCAUGAUUAAGUCUUUGAAUGAAGACAUGGAGAUAAAACUGUCCAGUUUGAGUGUUUGUUGCAGCUAUUUCCAGUCGCUAGCUGCAGCGAACUGAAAAUAGGAGCGAUCGUGGGAUGUGUGUGCUUUGGGGACCUUUAAUCGAAUGUGACUAGCAGAACCGAUGUUGUAUGUGGAGGAUGAGGGCUUCAGUAGGUAUCUCAGAUAGGAGGGGAGUGAGGCCUAAGAGGGUUUUAUAAAUAUACAUCAACCAGUGGGUCUUGCGACAUGUAUACACAGAUGACCAGUUUACAGAGGAGUAUAGAGUGCAGUGAUGUGUCCUAUAAG